GGAAACCAAGGUGACACCAAGGCAAGUGCCAAGGCUCGUAGUUCAUGGGGAUAACGGUCGAGAGCCCCUAUCGCUGGCAAUAAUCACUCUAUGAGCCACUGUUGAACAAGUCGAACAUUCGAGGCAGCUUACCACUUGUUUUCAUGGCAAGAGGCUCUUACAAUCAUCGAUCUUAUGACUCUCAGUCUAUGUCAUAUCGAGUCACCUCGGAACUACUAGUACCAGCACACAAAUAGAGAACUAUUUCCUUCUGGGGGUUUUUACGUCCUGAUGACAUUCUUGAAAAGAUAUUUUAUUCCUCUCAAGUACAAGCAUAGUAUAGUUGCACUAUGUCUUCAGUCCCCAGCUCCCUUGAAACCCACAAUAACUUGUCUAUUGCUCCCCUGCCCACAAUCGACUAUGCACGCCUCGAAGCGAAAGAUGCUGACGAGACCCAGCGACUCCUGGAGGCCUGCAAAAUCUACGGAUUCUUCUACUUGAACCUCAAGAAUAUUGGAACAAUUCUACAUGACUGGCAACAGGUUCUUCGCAUCAUGGAGAAAUACUUCAGCCAGGAUCUCAUGACAAAGAUGAAAGAUGACCGUCGCAGUGAUACCUACGGCUAUGAGCCCUGCGGAACCUCGGCAGGAGCGGUCCAUGGUACACUGGACUUCUACGAGACCCUGAAGAUUGCCCGCUCAGUAAUGUACGAAAAGACAGCAUCCCUCCCCAAAGCCGCCAAAGACAAUAUCGAGCUCUUUGACCGCUUCAUCCGAGCCUGUGAUACGAUCACCACGACCAUUCUCGCCCGGCUUUCCGAUGUCUUCGAUCUGAGCUCCGGCUCGCGCUUCGAGGAUAAACAUCGCCCAGAAGGGAAAUCGCGAAGUACACUGUCCCUCUUCCGAUAUCCGAAGCAAGAGACGCAAGAUAAUAAGGUCGGCCAUAAUAAGCACACCGACAUCGGAACCCUCACAGUCCUUUUUAGUGAGCAAUGGGGCUUGCAGGUCCUUUCGCCUGAAACGUUGGCGUGGAAUUUUGUCGCCCCAAAGCAAGACCAUGCUGUCAUCAAUGUGGGGGACUCGUUACGGUUUCUCUCUGGUAAUGUACUCAAGUCAUGCGUGCACCGGGUUACGCCCGCAAAUGUGUCUGGUCGUCAAGAGGAGCAUCGGUAUAGUAUCGCAUAUUUUCUAAGAGCGGAGGAUGUAGUACAAUAUAGGGAUAGCAAGGGCCGGGUGAUCAGUGCUAGAGAUUGGCAUGAUGAGAAAUAUGAUGUGUUUCGAUUGAGCCAUGAUGAAUCGAACAGCGACAGGAUUUUGACAGGUGGGAUGGAGAAGGGUGAGCAGUUCAUAGUUUCUUAGUAUCUUGUGAGAUGGGUGAGGUAUACUUCGUUCUCCUUGGUCUCGUCCAUUGUGUUUCUUGCAUGUUCAAAAACCAUGUUUAUCUUGUGGGCCCGGCUUAAUGCAAGCAAGAUAUGGUGGUCUUGAGGUCAAACUGCUUGAUGCGUGAGUGUACUGUUCAAAGUGCUAAUUCGUCUACCCCUGUUUGAGGCUAUCAAUAUAUUUAAUUUUGCCAUGUAUCUUGUCUCGAACUGAAUUCUCCCUACUUUGUCGCGUUCAUACACCCUAGACUUAAAGAAGCGUA